CCGACUGACAUUUGUGACACUUAGCGGACGAAAGUGAAACGUUAAGUUUGUGUACAUAUCAUUUUAGUUUAUUAAGAUAAAUAAGUUUUAACUUUUACCAUAAGGCAAUAAAAUGAGUGAUCUAGGAGAUAAAACAUCUGAAGUGGCUGAAGCAAAUGGAAAUGUGAAUAAUGAUAAAUCAAGGAAAAGUUGGGUCAAGUUCGAUGAAGAGAGUCCUCAAACAAGUGUAUUACAUUUAGAACCACAGCCCUUGAAUGAAAGUGCAAAAUCAGGUACUACUUUACACAGCUCUGAAGUACCUGCUGUUUUGAAAACAGAGUCGGUACACGUAAAUUUGGAACGCGAAAAAUCUGUCGAACCUGUGUCUCAAAGUUCUGUGAUGAAAAAUGUGGAAUAUAUUAAUGUACGCCAUGGAUUUAAAAAUGGUGACAUAAUUGUGACCUUGUUACCUACAAACACUAAUUGGCCAUGGAUAACGGCCGCACGAUUUCGUCCAGAGCUAGUCCCAGAAGAAUUGAUGGCACAAGGAUUAACUCUUACAGUUGAAGAGUAUGUCCAUGCUAUGGAACUUCUUGUAAAUGAUGCUCGCUUUACAUUAUACAACAUUUGUUACAAAAGAGUUUUAGUUUGCUGGAUAACUAUUGCCUUCCUUGUUCUUCUUACACUUCUAUUUUCUGGCUUAACAGGACUUUUAUUAUUAUCACUUGGAGUUUUGUGGUUGGUGUUAAAUGCAUUAGCAAUAUUCUUGUGUAUGUGGAUAAAACUCAAACUCUCUAAAGGACUUGAACAGUGUUUAGCGAGUGUUAACAAAUUAUUAAACAAACAUAAAUUGCUGCUAGCAUUGGAUGACAGGGGAAAGUUAUCAUGUCACAAAGUAAAUCUAUGCUACAUUUACUUUGACUCUGGACCUUGUAUAGCACAUUUACAGCAAUUUAUUGAAAGCGAAGAGGGUAAAACAAUAAUGCAGGGCUGGGAACAGAGACUCGAUAUAUCAACAAAUGAUAUUGUUAUACAAGGGAAUAAUGCCACAAGAUUAUCUAGGAAACAGGAAAGAGGCGCACUUCUAUAUUUAAGAUACGCAGCUCGCUGGGGUAUGUACGCUUUAAGAAACAAAUUGAAUCUCAGUUUCGCUGUACCAGGACGUCACAGCGAAAAGUAUGUAUGCCCAUGUCAGUUUAUAGAAGAGCACCUCAAAACAAAACCUCCGGCUGGCAUAGCUAAGUACUUUACUUUACCUUAUCAAAGUAUUUCAAUAUAUUGACCCAUUCAAUACUGCAACAAAUCCGUCCACAGUGUAUUAUUAAUGGAUUUUUGUUUUUGUUUGAUUAGAAAUUAUUUGUGUAUAUACUAUAUAUGGAGUGAAAAAUAUAUUUUGGGACCAUUAAAAUUAAAAUUUAAAACGUAUUUAAUUAUUUAAAAUUUUGUAGUAUUUAAAGAGAUCUGUGUCAAAUGUGGCCAUUUAAAAAUUAUGUGCUAUUUUAUUUAUAGGCGUAAGAAUAAUUAUUUAAUGAUUAAGCGUACCUACAUACAAACUAAUACACCUACCAUUAUUUUUCGUCAAUGUUUCCACAUAACCAGCCAAAUUAUUUCUGCAAUAACUAUUUACAAUUUUUUAUACUGAUUUACUUUUUUUUUACUUCUGCAUAAUGUGGAUAUUUUUUUUUAUAUUUAUUUCCAUUUACACAUCACUUUGUGGCACAAUGUUAAAAAUUGUAUUACUCAUGUUACAUUUAUUAUUUUACAUUUUAAUACUAAUUUGUUGAACUGAAGUGAAUUUUACAAAAUAAGGGAAUUACUAAGGUCACUUAUAUUGCACUUGAUAAUAUUUUUCUUUUUUAUUCAAUUAUUUACAUAAGUGUCUUACUUACUCUGUAAUAUAAAUACCAUAAUAAAAGAAAAUUUUCUUAAUAUUAGGUAAAUCUAAAUAUUGUAAGUAUUUACAAAAAUAUUUAUAUAUUUAAUCACAUGUUUAGCACAAAGUAAGGUAAAGGACUCACAAAAAUGUUACAUACUUGUGUGUAGCCGUGUUACCUAACAAAAUAACUAAAUCUGAACUAUUCUUAUCAUACCUGGAAAUAAAAAAGUAGCAUUUCAAUUCUAAAUAGUAACUAUAUCUACUUCUACUAUGAUAUAAUUAAAACGCAUUUCGUAGAAAAUUAUAUAUUUGAAUAUACAUACACAGCAGGUAAUACAUGAAUGUAAAUUAUUUAAAAUACACCUAUGACUUCCUUUAUUAUUGCUUUAGUUUUAGAAUUUACUAGUCUCUAUUUAUUUUAGUAUAAUAACAAUCCUUCAAUAUAUAUAUGUAUUUUGUGACAGCGUUUAAAUAUUAUGAAAUAAGCCAAAGUCCAUAUAUAUUCCGUAAAGAAUUAAAUAAUGAUUUUUCCUACAAAUAUUACGCACAUAUAUUUUAACUGUAGCAUAGAUAAUGAACUCUAUAUUUUUAAAAAUAAGCUUUAUAUUUAAGUGUUUGUAAUAACUUUAACGUUUCGUAUAUCUUUAUGAAUGAUUGAAUUUUAUGAUGUCGCUCAUGUGAGCUAAUAAUGACUUUUUACUAUAAAUGUAUGGUAGGCCAUUAUAUAAUUGUGGUCAUAAUAAAUCUAUUCCGUCCUUGGUCUUUAAAAAUGAGUACUUAAUAGAUUAAUGAAUAUCAAUAUUUACUAACUGUACCUAGUUAUAUAUAUCAAAUAUACUCUUUAUUUAAAUC